AUGGUGGUGGCUCCGCGGUUGUCGGACGAGCAAGCCAUAGUGGUCCUUGCUCGCGUAUACCACUCAACUCCCAAGCUCAGGCACUUUCUACGCACUGUCCAAUUCCUCCAUGAGCAUAACUAUCUGCGCCUCCGACUUCAGCAUCCAGUGAUCAAUCACGCCAACGCAUUUUCCGAUACUAUGGACGACGCAACCUCCCGGUUCCUCUACCGAUUCACCGUACCGCAACUACGUGUGUUGUGUGUGGCAUUGCACCUGCCCAGUACCGUUAUGACGUCGUCAAGGGAUUAUGUCCCGUGCAUCGAAGCCCUGGCCAUGACGUGUCGCCGGCUGGCAGAACCGUGUCGAAUGCUGUUUUGCGUCAACGCUAUCAACGUUACGCUGGCGUCAUCAAUGCUGCUGGAGCACCCCUUGCUACGUGCGUUGGAUUUAUUGAUGGCACCCGACAUUACAUUAGCCGUCCCAGCUCGCGGUUCAGCCGUGUCGCAUACGAAAACCUCCAACGCGCUUGUUACAAUGGCCACCCGCGUCGCCAUUGUUUGA